AUGCCGCGGCGCGCCCUGCGCGCCCUGUCGCUGCUGCUGCCCCUCCGCUCCGCGGCGCUCACCAUCCUGGACGACGGCCGCGGCGAGGGCUCGCUGCAGAGCGGCGCGAGGGCGGCGUCGGGCGCCAACGCCACCGAGUCUGAGCCGCCCGAGGCGGCGGUCCUCCGCGCGGGGCCGCCCGCCCUCUGGCCCGGCGUGUGGCUGGCGGGCCUCGAGCAGCUGCCCAGCCUGGCGGACGCGGCGCUGCGGCCGCCGGAGGGCGGCGCCCUGUGGGGGCGGGGCACUCUGGCGGCGGCGCCCCGGGAGAGUCUCUCGCGGAUGCUCUUCCCCGCCUCGGUGAGAUCGGCGCGGCCUACGCGUUCCGGAGCUCGUACGCGGCGCAUGCGCCCAGGAUGGCGCCCGUCGGCACCCUCUUCGUUACCCUGGCCCUGGGGCUGGCCGCGCUGA